ACCAGAGGUUGCCUGUGCAGCUGGAGUACGGGUGGUUUCGUUGGAGGGGACAGAUCGUACGUCGACGUCCGCAAGAACCGUUGAUUUUAGGCGCUGUAGAUUGCAAACUGACUGCUGGUGCGCAGGACACCUCCGCGACUUCCAUCAGAACUAAUCAGAGAAUCGAUUUCCAGCCAUGUUUGGUGUAAGGCUGAUGCUACUGCUGCUACUGGUGCUGGUGGCUGCCACGUAUGCAGACGAGGAGGACUGCAGGCCGGCGGAAUGUGAGCUGGUCUUCUGCGACGUUCCUCAAGGCUGCCUCUAUGGCACCGUCACCAAGCCUUGUGAGUGCUGCCCUCAGUGUGCCCAGGGGCCUGAGGCGCCGGCCAGCACAGGGGAUGAGAGGCGAAAAAGAUCUCCGCGAAGGCCAGGCAGCGCCAGGAGGGUGGCUACACAGCACAAGCACUUCGCCUCGGGCAGUAUACCCAAGGAGUACCAGGAGCUGCUCGCGCAGGCGAGGCUGUCCGCCAAACGCAAAGGCCGCUGACGUUCUCUGUGAUGGGUUGGUGAGCAGUACGAGAGAGCACGCAACAUUCAUCAAGGGGAGACUCCUGUACGCUGAGCGAGUCGCAAGUCUCGCUCUAUGCAAAUAUAAUAGGAGCUUAAAGGUUUCAGGGUCAUUACGAUGAACAUUUUGAUAUGGUGCUUGCUUGACAGCUGGGAAAUUGGAGUGGGGGAGUUAAUACAUAAGAAUAAUGCAGCAGAGCAUGUAUUAUACGGAAUUUACGUCUCCAAUUGGUAAUUUAACAAUACAAAUAUUUUUCAUAUUGUAUAAAUAAGGUGUUCAUAAAAUGUCAUAGGCAAGUUUUAUAAUUAUGUUCCUGCUCUAUGGAUAAGAAUGUUUGAUUUAUGAAGUGUGAACCUUUUCUUUUUUAGUGUAUAAAGUAGGGAAUCCUGCAGUAGAUUUUUCAUUGUGUUUUCAAAAGUGAAACACUUUUUUUAUUUUAACAAAGUGAACCUUUUGUUUCCUAUGUUUAAACCAUUGUGUUGUUUGUUCAUAACAAUGAACACCUUAUGUUUUUUGUUCAAAGUAGUGAACCCAUUUUGGUGUAUGUAUAACACAGCAAAUUCAUCAUGUUCAUAGUAAUUUACCUGAAAGCCACCACUUCUCUAUUGAACUUGACGAGGACAGGAAGCUGGCGGCUUGUCAAAGGUUAUCCCCAUUUGUUCUGAUUUUUAAAUAAUUGUUGUGUCUCUAGCAACUCGUAUUUUUUGUUCAUAUCUGUUAAUUAAAGCAUUAUUACUAACCUGUUACUCUGCAUGAAAUACAAUAUCUACAACAUAUUAGAAUCAUGAUUGUUUGAUGUUUGCUUAAGUUUGCUUAAGCCUCAAUUAGUUCACAUUCUCAUAAUAAAAGUAAUAAAAUAAUAAACUGAUAA